AUGAGGAUUGCCGGAGUUGCUGGAGAGAGAUGUAAAAUUCUUCUGUGUUUUAUUCAGAUUUCGUUCACCGUAAAACUUAGGGUUCCUUGUUAUGAAAAAAGAGGUAUUAUUGAAAAAAAGGGAUUACAUGUCGCAAUCAUAGCUCUGGAAAUUUGCGGCAAACCUGUCAUUGCUGGAAUCCAUGGCUCUUGCAUUGGAGGUGGGAUCGAUAUCGUCACAGCUUGUGAUGUUAGGUAUUGUACGAAGGAUUCAUUCUUCUCUGUGAAGGAGGUCGAUUUGGCAGUUAUUGCUGAUCUGGGGAUGCUUCAGAGGCUUCCGGCGAUCGUUGGGUUCGGAAACGCCAUGGAAUUAGCCCUAACUAGCCGGAAGUUAUUGGGGCCGGAGGCUUCAAGAAAGGAGGGAUGGUGGUGA